GUCAGUGAGAAGGUUGGAGGGGCUGAAGGGACCAAGCUCGACGAUGACUUCAAGGAAAUGGAAAAGAAAGUGGACCUGACCAGCAAGGCAGUUACAGAAGUAUUGACCAGAACAAUAGAGUACCUCCAGCCAAACCCAGCUUCCAGGGCCAAGCUGACCAUGCUGAACACCAUGUCCAAGAUCCGUGGGCAGGUGAAGAACCCCGGCUACCCGCAGUCGGAGGGGCUGCUGGGGGAGAGCAUGAUCCGCUACGGGAAGGAGCUGGGCGACGACUCCAACUUCGGCGAUGCGCUGCUGGAUGCUGGCGAAUCCAUGAAGCGGUUGGCUGAGGUGAAGGACUCACUGGAUAUUGAAGUCAAACAGAAUUUUAUUGAUCCCCUCCAGAACCUGUGUGACAAAGACCUGAAAGAGAUCCAGCACCAUCUCAAGAAGCUGGAAGGCAGACGCUUGGACUUUGACUACAAGAAGAAGCGCCAGGGCAAGAUCCCCGAUGAGGAGCUUCGACAGGCCAUGGAGAAGUUUGAAGAGUCCAAGGAAGUAGCAGAGACCAGUAUGCACAACCUCCUAGAAACUGAUAUUGAGCAGGUGAGCCAGCUCUCAGCCCUGGUGGACGCUCAGCUGGACUAUCACCGACAGGCAGUGCAGAUCCUGGACGAGCUCGCCGAGAAGCUCAAGCGCAGGAUGAGGGAGGCCUCGUCGCGUCCCAAGCGGGAAUACAAGCCCAAACCCAGGGAGACAUAUGACUUUGGAGACACCGACCAAUCUAAUGGGGGCUUCUCUUGCAAUCCUACCCCCAAAGUCUCAGCUUCCUCCUCUUUCCGAUCCAACAAGCCGUCCCGGGCCUCCGUCAGGAGUAUCCCCCCCCUGGACCAGCCCUGCUGUAAGGCUCUGUACGACUUCGAGCCCGAGAACGACGGCGAGCUGGGCUUCAAGGAAGGAGACAUCAUCACCCUGACCAACCAGAUCGACGAGAACUGGUACGAGGGCAUGAUCAACGGCCAGUCCGGCUUCUUCCCCCUCAACUACGUGGAGGUGCUGGUGCCACUACCUCAGUGA